AUGCCCCCGCGCCGACGAGCUCCUCCAGCGGGGGCGCGGACAGAUCUCCCACCGUUGAGAAUCAUCCGGCAAAUCCUCCUUCUCCAGGUUGCCUAUUAUGUAACCGCGACGGCCCUGAUACUAUUCACAACCCUUGUCUACGGCACGGCCUUUUCGUUGGACCUGGUCCUCAGCUGGAAUGCAUUAAGAGGAGAUACAACGAUUGGGUGGAUGCUUGGUUUGGUUUGGAUGUUGAACAGUCUUCUAUGUGUUGUAUUUCUAGUCCUCCUCGUUUCGCGCUCUAAACUCGUCCCCGACUUUGCUCUUACUAUACAUUUCCUCCACCUUAUCACGACUUCUUUAUAUACCCGUUCUAUCCCGUCGAAUCUGCUCUGGUGGGGGCUGCAGUGCGCCAGCGCUGCCCUUAUGACCUUCCUCGGCAUCUGGGCCUGUCGGUAUCGAGAGCUUCAACCUAUUAGCUUCGGGGGUAUUGGCAGUGCGGCGCAGGGCACGAAUGGAGCCUCAUCGCAGGCCGGUGGGUCUUCAAGUCGAGGACGCGGCGAGUAUGAGAUGGUAAAUAUGAGGGGAGAUGAAGCUGUAUAG